GAUUCAACCAUAAUUUAAUAAAAAAAAUCCAAAUUUUCAACUCCUUAAUUAAGAGCUGCAAAAGUGGUAUUUCAGCUUCAAAAUUCAAGGGUUGGUUUUAUUUUCCGUAAAAAAUAAUUGGGUGACUUGGAACAUGCCGAACUAUUAUAAACGAACACCCGGCAGUCGUACUUACCGAAAUUUUUCUGAAGAAACUUUAGAUAAUGCAUUGAACGAAAUCCGAAAUUAUAGAUUGACUUACCGACAGGCUUCUGAUAAGUAUGGAAUACCAAUAAGCACUUUAAGUAGGAAAAAAAACCAACUAAAUCUUAAUCCCCACGGUGGCCAAACAGCUUUAACUUCCACUGAAGAAGGUAAUAUUGUAGAAACAAUAUUAUUUGCAUCUGAUUGGGGUUACCCUUUUGAUAGGGAAGAAGUUAAGAGAUUGAUCAAGUCAUACUUAGAUCGUUCCGGCCGAAAAAUAAAAAUAUUUAAAAACAAUAAACCUGGCGAUGAUUGGUACACACGUUUUGUAUCCAGACAUUCUGGUCUUUUGAAACCUAGACUUUCCGAGAAUAUCAAAAGAUCACGAGCUGCUGUCUCAAGAACUACUAUCAAUUAUUAAUAUGUUUGUUAAAUUUAUUUUGUGAGCAAAGACUGCAACUUAUAAGAAAAAGUAUUAUUUUGUAAUAAACAGUUUUAAAAAAAUGUUAAAUUGUUUUUAAAUUAAUAAAAAUAUGGUUUUAAA